CCUCCAGGCGAGCCAUUCAGAGGCAUUACGACCUCGUACUUAGCGCAUACAACCUACCGGACUCAUGUCGACUCCCUCGAAGCGGCGGCUGAUUCGAGACUUCAAGAGGCUCUCGACUGACCCUCCUGGGGGUAUCUCUGGUGCGCCAUGCGCCGACAACCUCAUGAUCUGGAAUGCCGUCAUCUUCGGGCCUGCCGACACACCGUUUGAGGAUGGGACAUUUAAGCUGGUCUUGACAUUCGACGAGCAGUACCCCAAUAAGGCGCCCUCGGUCAAAUUUCUCUCUCGCAUGUUCCACCCAAACGUCUAUGCAAACGGCGAGCUCUGUCUCGACAUUCUCCAGAACAGAUGGAGUCCCACGUACGAUGUCGCAGCCAUUCUUACGAGCGUGCAGAGUCUUCUGCAUGACCCGAACCCGAACAGUCCGGCGAACGCAGAGGCCGCGUCGCUGUACAGGGAGAACAUGAAGGAGUAUGUCCGGCGAGUCAAGGCCACUGUCGAGGAGUCGUGGCUUGACGAUGGCGAAGGGGCCGGCGGUGCAGAGGGGCCAGCAGCGGCGGGCGAAGCACAGCCGCAAGUCACAGCGGCGUCCUCUUCGUGAUCCUCUUCGCUGUGCUCCUUCCUUUCCUCGCCGUGACGCCCUCCCUUAUUUCUUCUUACUCAUGUGUUUUCUUAAUCAUCUUUUUCUCAUCCCCACCUUACCCUGUCUCGCUUACUUCAUUCUCAGACGUGACUGCAACAUCAGCUUCUUCUCACAGUGC